AUGACAGUUGACAACUCCAGAGGCCAGGCCAAGUCUGCCCCCAUCUCCCCCUUGGAUGGACCCUCAGAAAGAAUAAGCAGUUAUGAAAAUGUCCAACAAGCGACUCAUGGAACAAUCUACUCCCCAUCUCCAGUCUUCACUGUAACCUCCUCUAAUCCAACAGACGACCCCCACUGCAUGGAGAAGGAGCUGAUGGUUUCCCUGCAAGCUCACACUUCCAAAGCACAGACAUUUGACCAGAGACCAUUUUUUAACUCUUUCACUUUGCAGACAAAGUCAGGGGGUAAUCGUCUGCACAGUUUAGAAACACCACUGACCACCACACCAGAACGCAUUUCCCAAAGCUGUAUUGCAGGGAAUUCAAUCAAGGCACAGAUCAACCUUUGCCAGCUCUAUGAAUACAUUCCAAAAUGA